AUGGAAGGAAUUGACUCCUUCCGCGUCAUGUUUCUCGGCUCUAUCCUUGUGACAGGACUGAUGGCCAUCUUCGAGAUCACAGGUUGGCUCUUCAGCCAUUUUCCGAAGCUGUUGGCUGUCGCAAAGGCGGCUAGCAGUUUCCAGAUCCCCGUAUACGCUCUUAUCUCUGUAUUCUUCCUUUAUAUUCGCGUCCUUGCUCCAAUCAUCCGAUACUUCAUCCCAAGACCGACGGUCGAGGCCGAAGCUGAGCGACCUUCUCCCGCCCCUGAGCUCAGCGACGAACAACGAGCCGCAGAAGCGCGUCGAUGCCAACUACCCGGCGCCGUGUGCGAUUCGAUACGAACCCGACUCGAGAGCAAGACAAGGGAGGUAACGAAAUUAGUCAGAGAGCUAGGAGAGGCAGAACAACGCGAGCUCGACGCCAACGAUGCCGCGGAGGCUCACCGAAACUCUCACAAAAUCAUCCGGCAAAGAUUGGAUCAAACCGAGGGGCAACUCGUCCGAUACAAUCCAGAAGCGAUGACCAUCCGAAAACUCGAGAUUCUGCUGGCAGAGUCCGAGAAGAAGUUUGCCGACGCCGAGAAACGCGUCGAAACGGGCGAGCGCCUCCUAAAAGCCGAGGUCGAGCACUCGAAAUGGGCCGUCGAGAAGAAGGAGAGGCAGAUCAGCAAGAUCAAGGAAGACAUGGUCAGCCUCGUUCAGAGGGCAAAGGACAGGAUCGGGGUUCUGAAUGCGAAGGUCAACUCUCUCGAGUACGAGCUGGACGCAGCCAAACGAAAGGACAUGUCGGCCAACGUCGUAGCUUUGCUUGCCGAGAGGGAUGAGACAAUCCAGUUCCUGACUGAGGCGGGGCUCGCUGUCGAGAAAGACCGCGACGAGAAGAUGGCUUACGCCGAGACAAUGUACGCUUCGCUGCAGGCGGAGAACGAACACCUUCGACAGCAGUUGACUGACUCAACGGAGCGAACUCGUAGCGACAACGAUGCGGCCCGCUCUCUGAGAGACGACCUGGCCAACGCCAAAGCCCAGGUUCAGACGGCAGAGGCAGUGUUCUAUGAAAAGGAGAAGACGAUUGGCGACCUCGAGAACCAGCUCAAGAAGGUGACGGAUGAGUCCGAGACGAUCGUGACCGACGCCAAUAACCUGAAAGCCAAGCUCUCAGCCGCGAACGAGAAGAUGGUGUCCGGGGUAACAAAGGAGAACAUCGAAGGACUCAACCGCCAGUUGGACGAGCUCAGAAACCAGGUUGCAGACGCUCACUCCAUCCACGACAGCAAGAUGAGCGAAGCUUCGGCCAUCCACGCCGAACAACAAAAGUACAUCGAGUCUCUGCGCGAGAACAUGAACGCUGCCAGCAUUGAAAACGCAAACAUGAGACAGGAUAUAUCCAGACUGCAAGAGCUGCUUGACCAGCACGCUGCCUCGGGCGCCAACAGCAGCAGCGCCAUCGAGCAGCGGAUCGCGGGUAUGCAGCACCAACACCAGGCGGAUAUGAACGAGGCAAAGUCGAUGCUCGAAACGAAGGACGGUGAAAUCAAGCACCUCCAAGACAGUCUCGUCGGCACGAAGACACACAUCGCCAGCCUCCAGGAAGAAGUGGACGAAAUGCAGGGGUGCGUGGAUGAACAGGACGAGCACAUUGUAAAGUUGGAGAGGAAGCUGCACAAGGCACUCAUCAACGAGAAGAAGGGCAUCGAGCGCUUCGCCGAACUGGAAGAGAAGAGGAAGAAGGAAGCAUCCGCGGAUCUCCUCAAGUACAACCGAUUCAAAGUCGAAUACAACAAGAGACUCGGCAGCCUGCUGGCAAAGACGCUGAACUUGAUGGCGACGCGUGACCUAGAAAGCGAAUUGAAGGAACAAAUCGAAACAAUGACGAGAAAGACGGGGAACAAGCAUGCCGGUGCCAACACGAGCACGAAAAGGCAGAACGACCCCAAGACGAAUCGCAAGCAGACGCAGAUAUGA